AUGACGGCUUAUAUCGAAGUAACAGCCAGUUGGCUCUUCAAAAGCUUCAAAGGCCGAGACGCCAAAGCAUUCUUCACGACUCCAGCCUUUGCUAGCCAUCCUGAACCUACACUCCCAAUCAUUUCCCCAGACUGUGGUCCAGAUGGCGCAACUCUGGAGAAGGAUUACAUGGCCGGAGAUCAAGCAAGAUUUCCAGAGCUUACUUGGGAUUCUCAUGAGGGCGUGAAAGAGUGGUUGCUUGUGGCUGAGGACCCUGAUGCUCCGUUGCCAACACCAAUUUGCCACGGAAUAUACUUGGGUAUAUUACCUGAAAAGACGAGUGUCUUCAACAAUGACUUCAAACCGGUCGACAAAACCUCGACUCGGCUUGAGGGAGGCUUCUACCACGGAGCAAGUCGCAGUGGCUCGAUCUACAUCCCUCCAAGGCCUCUUCUGAAUCACGGCAUCCAUCGAUGUGAGUACCUCUCUCCUAAAUUCAGCUUAUGA